AUUCUACAGUGGAAGAAAGUCACCACUUUUGACAAAUGUGCCAUGCUGCAAAAUGAGAACUCUUAGCAUAUUGGUGUUCUUCUGGGGGGGAAACAAUCAGAGACUUUGAAAGAUGAACACAUACUCCUCCUCUUAGAGGAUGUGUUGACACUGAUAAUUAUAAAUACAAGAACAAACUUGCUGAUGAACAACAAAUACUUCUCAAGAACAAAGAUAUUGCUUUUCUUUCAAUUUCAGAAAUAAAUUUGGGUGUCAUCACUUAAUUAUUACUUCUAAAUUUCAGUGAAUUAUGUGGCACAGUUGGUAGAAUGAAUGAUGUCAAGAAAGCGAUUUGACCACCAUAAAAGCUUUAGGGGUUGUAUGUUUGACCAGAGUGUGAGAAAUAUUUCUCUCGUGUUGCUGCAUUGCCACCAUGUCAAUUCGGCAACAUCAAGUGCGCACCGAGCAGUGCUCUUAGUACUCGUGGCACUGUCCAUAACACUGUUCUAAGUGAUUCCAACAAGAGAUUAAGCAGAUUUCCAUGAGCUCCGGUGACUCCCAUGUUUAUCAUGCUUCAGAUUGUUUUGCAUUAUGUUGCAUGAAUCACUCCUAAGAUUAGCAGACAAAGGGCAAACACUGACCUAACAUCCCCCACUCAUGCUUGAUGCAUGUGCUGUGAUUGUUCUCUAGCAACACUCUCUCUUCUUCCUACAGUAUAAAGAAGGAUGAUGAGAUAUAUAUAGGACAGUAUACAUGCCCCAAAUCACUAGGCGAGGUUUCCUUUCUGCAUCUCCUUUGGCCUCCCUUUCGAUGCUUCCUUCUUCUCUUUCUCACAUAUGGGCACAGCACCUCGUGGCUCCAUUCCCUGUAAUGGCAAUCAUGAUGAUGAUGACUGCAACCAUCUUCCGCCCAAAUCCCUCUCCCUUCACUACCAUAGCCAUCCCUGUCUUCACCACCAGUGCGUCACCACCAUUAGAGCUCACGCUUGCUACGUCGCUGCCCUCGCUGUUCAUGGGACGUCCGUCUACAGCGGCGGCUCCGACCAAGAGAUCAGAGUCUGGCCAUCUGUUCUUUUAGACUCGUCGUCCACAGCGAGGACUGAUCAUCCUGCGAGCUUCACUGUGGCUCAAACAGAGAGCCCGGUGAAAUCGCUUCUUGUGUCAGGUGACAACCUGUUCAGCUCUCACCAAGACGGCGAGAUCCGCGUGUGGCAGAUAAACCAGAGGGAGCAGCGCUGCUACAAGCUGAAAGCAGUUUUGCCGACCUCCAUGGACCGGUUUUUGAGCUUCCUGUCGCCCAAGAACUAUGUGCAGGUCCGCAGACACAAGAAGUGCUCCUGGGUGCACCACGUUGACGCCGUCUCCGGCCUCGCGCUCUCGCACGACGGCGCGCUCCUCUACUCCAUCUCCUGGGACCGAACUCUAAAGGUGUGGCGCACCUCCGGGUUCAGGUGCAUAGAGUCCGUCGCGGGCGCCCACCAGGACGCCAUCAACGCGAUCGCGGUGUCGCGGAACGGCCACGUCUACACGGGCUCGGCCGACGCCAAGAUCAACGUGUGGAGGAGGAGUGGCGAGGAGGGGAAGCACUCGCUGGUGCAGACGCUGGAGCGGCACCGGUCGGCGGUGAACGCGCUGGCGCUGAGCGCCGACGACCGAGUGCUGUACUCGGGAGCGUCCGACCGCUCCGUGGUGGUGUGGGAAGGGGGCAGCGGGGGGAUGGCGGCCACCGGGGAGCUCAGGGGACACAGGAGGGCCAUCCUGUGCCUUGUGGCGGCCGGGGACGUGGUCUGCAGCGGCUCGGCGGAUACGACGGUGAGGGUGUGGAGGAGAGGACGAGAGCAGAAGGGGCGCCACAGCUGCUUGGCCGUAAUGGAAGGCCACGGAGGGCCGGUCAAGAGCUUGGCGAUGGUAGUGCUGGAAAGCAGCAGCAGCAGCAGUAGUAGUACAUGCCUGGUUCUCAGUGGAGGUUUGGACUGUGAUCUAAAGCUGUGGAGACUCUCAGUUCCUUCUCUCUCUUAGGAGGACACCUCCCUGGCUUUGGAAGUACAACUUCUCUUAGAUCGAAGAUGAUACUCCAUCGUCCUCCCCACGGGAUGCUUGACCACGUUCAUGGCCAUGCCUGGCCACAGUCAAAAAAGGGUUUACGGCCAUCUACCAUUGGCUUGGCCACAGUUGAAAGUAAUACUAAUUGAACGAACUGAACCAUUAAGGCCACAUGUUAUCCAGAAACCACGUAACAUAGAUGAUAGGAGAUGAUAAAAUGGCCGAGGUCUAUCACUAUGGUACCUUUUUGAGGAGCAUAUCAACAAGGAUUAGUUGUACUGUCACUUCAUCAUCACUGUGUCACACCCUUCAUGGUUUAUU